GCUCAUGCCGGACGUGAAGAAGGCAAUUGAAGGCACGAACGCCGUUUACUCUGUGCGUGAGGACGUGAGCUCGCUUGAAAUCUCCUUUCCUAAGAUGUCGAAGGAGACUCGUGCUGACCUGCUCAAGGCCACCAAGAAGCAGGCGGAACAGGCUCGACAACACGUGCGUCGUGUGCGACAGGAUGCCAUGAACCACGCUAAGAAGCUCAAGGACGCGGUGUCUGAAGAUGACGUCGAAGUGCAGAAGGAACGCAUCCAGAAGGCCACAGACAGCGCCAUCGCCGAGAUCGACAAGCUGCUGGCUGCUAAGGAGAAGGACCUCAACACUGUCUGAGAGAUAGGC